AUGAGGGGGCGUGGUCAGUACGAGGGUGGCGUGGUCAGUACGAGGGGACGUGGUCAGUAUGGGGGGUGUGGUCAGUCUGAGGGGGUGUGUCUGAGGGGGUGUGGUCAGUCUGAGGGUGCCAUGGUCAGUCUGAGGGGGCGUGGUCAGUCUGAGGGUGGCGUGGUCUGUCUGAGGGGGUGUGGUCAGUCUGAGAGGGCGUGGUCAGUCUGA